AUGGGAGCGGCUGUCUGGCGACAGCAGUGGACACGGGAGCGGCUGUCUGGCGACAGCAGUGGACACGGGAGCGGCUGUCUGGCGACAGCAGUGGACACGGGAGCGGCUGUCUGGCGACAGCAGUGGACACGGGAGCGGCUGUCUGGCGACAGCAGUGGACACGGGAGCGGCUGUCUGGCGACAGCAGUGGACACGGGAGCGGCUGUCUGGCGACAGCAGUGGACACGGGAGCGGCUGUCUGGCGACAGCAGUGGACACGGGAGCGGCUGUCUGGCGACAGCAGUGGACACGGGAGCGGCUGCCUGGCGACAGCAGUGGACACGGGAGCGGCUGCCUGGCGACAGCAGUGGACACGGGAGCGGCUGCCUGGCGACAGCAGUGGACACGGGAGCGGCUGCCUGGCGACAGCAGUGGACACGGGAGCGGCUGCCUGGCGACAGCAGUGGACACGGGAGCGGCUGCCUGGCGACAGCAGUGGACACGGGAGCGGCUGCCUGGCGACAGCAGUGGACACGGGAGCGGCUGCCUGGCGACAGCAGUGGACACGGGAGCGGCUGCCUGGCGACAGCAGUGGACACGGGAGCGGCUGCCUGGCGACAGCAGUGGACACGGGAGCGGCUGCCUGGCGACAGCAGUGGACACGGGAGCGGCUGCCUGGCGACAGCAGUGGACACGGGAGCGGCUGCCUGGCGACAGCAGUGGACACGGGAGCGGCUGCCUGGCGACAGCAGUGGACACGGGAGCGGCUGCCUGGCGACAGCAGUGGCGAGCCUGCCGAGAAUAUGCCACAGCGGUGAAGGUCCCUGA